GGAUAAACGUGAAUGGAUCUGCCUUUGAAAACAAAGGCUAGCUCUCAGAAGCCCCUCUCCCACAGCCCCUGCUCUGAACAUGGAGGCCCCAGCCCCGCUGUCCCGCCUGGUUGUCCCUGUGCUCCUGGCAGUUGGCUGGAUCCUGGGAUGUGCCCUCAUGGUUUACAUUGUCUUCUCCUGAUGGCAGACAGAAGAAUUUACAGUGAUGUUGAUUAGAAGAACCUGGAAGUUCAAUUGAGAUUUCUAAUGACUAAAAUAAGUAUAAAAUGAGUUAUUUUUAAU